AUGUUUCCCUCGAGCGGUGCGCCAAUGGCCCAACCUCAGAAGCCAGAGACAUUUAUGCUGUCAAACGAGGCACAACAGAGCUUGCCCCAGGAUGCGCAAGUCGCCCUGCAGCAAGUAGACAACCUCAAAUACUUUCUCAUUUCUGCGCCGGUGGACUGGAGUCCCGAUUCCCUCAUCCGCAGAUUCCUCCUUCCCACAGGUGAAUACGUUUCCUGCGUGCUAUGGAACAACCUGUUUCACAUCUCCGGCACCGACAUUGUCAGAUGCUUGUCCUUUCGUUUCCAAGCGUUCGGCCGGCCGGUCAAGAAUCCUAAGAAGUUCGAGGAGGGUAUUUUCUCCGAUCUGCGCAAUCUGAAAUCAGGCACAGAUGCAUCGCUGGAGGAACCCAAAAGCCCAUUCUUGGACUUCCUGUAUAAAAACAACUGCAUCCGGACGCAAAAGAAGCAGAAGGUCUUUUACUGGUACAGCGUGCCUCAUGACCGUCUGUUUCUCGACGCCCUGGAGAGAGACCUGAAGCGCGAGAAGAUGGGCCAGGAAGCGACGACGAAAGCAGUGGCCGAGCCAGCGCUCUCAUUCGAGUUCGACUCGUCGCAAUCUCUGUUUGAACAGCUUACAAAAGCUCAGCAAGCCAGCUCAUCGUCGUUUGCAACCGCAAAUGCAAAUGUGAACUACUCGCAGCCGACUUCGCCUGUCCUUCGAGCAACGGAUUCUAUGCCUCCUCCCAUGGUCCCUCAGAUGCCACGCUCUCAGGAGCAGCCCCAGACCAUGUAUACUAGCAUGAGCAUGCACAACAACCUCCCAACCCCCCUUUCCACCACGGCUAUGUCCCGAGAGCCGGAUUUCUCUCAAGUCGCAUACGACCGCGCCCACAUUCGUCAUGCCUCUAUGCCCGCAUACAUGGAGUACUCCCCAGCUCCUUCCUUCGUGUCGUCGCACUUUGAGGACUACAGCACUCGCGGCCUCUCAUAUGAGCCCAUCACACCACCCCAACAUGCCAUCCCUGGUGCUGAGCCUGCAUAUAUUGCCAACGAGGACACGGGUCUCUACUCUGCCAUCCCAGAGAUGCAGCCAAUGCCGACUUACAAUCCAAUGGCUUCGUUGCCGCCUUCUACUCUUGCAGGGCCGCUUCACGUGACUGCACCACGACCGUUUCCUCCUACCAACGUCUACUCGGUGAUUGAAGGGUCUCCGACUUACAAGGCAAGGAGGAGGCGCUCAUCAAUCCCGUCAUCCAUCAUGAAUGCAGUGGCUGCCAAUGCUGUCGCUCAAGUCACUCACGGAAUCAAAGCGCAUCUCCCUCAAAGGCCUAGUGAUCUUCGCCGCUCCAUGUCGAGCUCUGUUCUGCCUAUUGCGGAAGGCGAUGAAACCGGCGACCAGUCUCCUCCUGGUCUCGCGCACAGCUACGCAUCCUCGGUGGUGAAUCGCGAGCAUCUCAAUGAUUUCUCCCGGCGAAGCACACCAUUACCAAGCCUCGAAGAGGAUCCAACACACUCCCUUGGGAUGUCGGCUGGCACUGAACACAUGCCUGGUCUUAUGGGAGACGAUAUGCACAUCCACUCGCUGCAAGCCAGCCCCGCAGUCCGGUUAGAAAGACCAGGGCCGGUCCGCAGAGCACGAAGUGCAACCAUGAUGGAGCUUGGUGUACCCUACAAAUCCCAUUCAUGCCCAAUCCCCAGCUGUGGGCGUCUUUUCAAGCGCCUCGAACACCUCAAGCGACACGUGAGAACUCACACUCAAGAACGCCCCUACGUCUGCCCUUACUGCAACAAAGCGUUUUCACGGUCUGACAACCUGGCACAACACCGCCGAACUCAUGAAUCUCAACAAGAUGGUCAACCUGCUCCUGUGACCAGUGAAGAAGAAAUGGAGAACGAAGAGAAUGACUUCGGCUCCAUGGACGAGCUCUCCUCCCCAGAUGAAGUUACCCGCCCCACCAGCGUGUCUGGUAUGAUGGCCAUGUCCAUGCCUCCUCCCUCGACGCUCGUCAUGCAACCAAUGACUUCUCAGCCAAUGAUGGCCCCCAGUCAGCUUGUUCAACCUUCGAUGCUGCAAAACAUGUAG